AUGGUAUCGUUUGUCCAAUUGGUCGUUCAAAUUCGCGAAAUUUUCGAGCACAAAAUGGUUGAUGUGGAUGAGGUGAUGAAGUUGAUGGGAUCGUAUAAAAGUGAUAUUAACGAGUGGAGACGUUUUGCAAUUUUCGACAUGAACAAAUACACCCGAAAUUUGGUGGACAUUGGAAAUGGCAAGUACAACUUGAUGAUUCUCUGCUGGGGUCCUGGUAUGGCAAGCAGUGUCCACGACCAUACCGAUGCUCACUGUUUCGUGAAAAUUUUGGAUGGCGAAUUGACGGAAACAAAAUAUGACUGGCCAAAAAAAAAGCACACCCCACUGGAAACAAUUGAAAAUAAAACAUAUGGAUUGAAUGGGGUGUCUUAUAUGAAUGACGAGUUGGGUCUUCACCGAAUGGAGAAUCAAAGUCAUUCGAAUGGAGCCGUCUCACUUCACUUGUACAUUCCACCCUACAGUACCUGCAACGCCUUUGAUGAGAGAACCGGAAAAAAGACCAAAUGCACGGUGACAUUCUACUCGAAAUACGGAGAAAAAAUCGAUUAUCAUGGAUCGAAAGAAGGGAAAUAA